GUUUGGAGCGACAGUUCGCUUUCGAGUUCCCCAUCACACAACACAAAGCAAAGCAUUAGCUCUACUGAAAAACAGAUUACGCUGUCAACCAGAAGGUACUGGAGACCAUUCGAGAAUUAAAAAUAAUCCCAAUCAAAGCCCAUCAAAUUGAAGCAGGCGACGCCUUCUGUGCCAGUGUGUGUAAAGGCAGCUAGAUUUCGAUUUCGAUAAAGAGAGAGGCCUAUUUAACAAAUCAGCCCAACUCGAGUCGCCUCAUUCUCAUUUGUGCAUUUCAAGCAAAACAAACUAAAGUGACAAACAAAUUUGUUCUGUGAUUUCGUGCUAAAGACUUCCAUUCGACGAUCAAAGAUGGUGAAAUUAAUCGCUAGCCUGCUCCUGUUGGCCGUGGUGGCCCAGGCCUAUGCAGACUUCAAGUGCUCCCUGGAGGUGCCCGAGAUUACCAAGGAUUGGGUGGACAUGAAGGACGCCUGCCUCAAGGGCAUGCGCCACCAGAUCCAGGAGGAGAUCAAUGCCUCUUACCAGUACCUGGCCAUGGGCGCCUACUUCUCUCGAGACACUGUCAACCGCCCCGGAUUCGCGGAGCACUUCUUCAAGGCCGCCAAGGAGGAGCGUGAGCACGGUUCCAAGCUGGUGGAGUAUCUAUCCAUGCGCGGUCAGUUGACCGAAGGAGUCAGCGAUCUGAUCUACGUACCGACUGUGUCGAAGCAGGAGUGGACCGAUGGCGCCAGCGCUUUGCAGGAUGCCCUCGACCUGGAGAUCAAGGUCACCCGCUCCAUCCGCAAGCUGAUCCAGACCUGCGAGGGCAAGCCCUACAACCAUUACCAUUUGGUGGACUACCUGACCGGUGUCUAUCUGGAGGAGCAGCUCCAUGGACAGCGCGAGCUGGCCGGCAAGCUUACCACCCUCAAGAAGAUGAUGGUCUCCCAGGGCGAGCUUGGCGAGUUCCUCUUCGACAAGACCUUGUAAGAAGGUUGAGAUAUUGUGGAGCAGCGCCCAGUCACGCAUCAAAAUUAUCAGCCAGUCGACUUCAUAAAGUGUUCUGUUAUCUGUUAGCCGAGAGAGCCUUCCCCGAGGGUCCGCCAGUAAAUCACCACCAAGUCAACAAAAAACUCUUUGACUGGCCAAUAAAUUAUCUGUUUGACUGCGAUCCUCAAAAUCAGCACAGCAAAAUUCCA